UGAAAUCUUCACGGGAAAUCUAGAGACGACGAGAGGAAAAGGAUGACACUUUUCCUCAGAUCCACGAUCACAAGAACACUCUUCCUUGUGUGAUUCCCCAAAAAACCUCUUUCAUUAAAAAAAAAAAAACGAAACAAAACAAACAAACAAACAAAAGAUUAGAUUUUUAGGUUAGGUGAGAAACGAAUAAUGGAAUCGGAGCUCAAGGAUAUGAAUUCGAAUCCACCGUCGAGCAAAGAGGAGCGGCCUUUGCUCAAGUCAGAAUCCGAUGUCGCAGCCGCCAUUGAAGAGCUUGACAAAAAGUUCGCGCCUUACGCGAGGACGGAUUGGUACGGAACGAUGGGUUUGGGUCCUUUUCCGGUCACGGAGAAAAUUAAGCUGGCGGUGGCAAUGGUGACGCUAGUUCCAGUGCGGUUUCUUCUGGCGAUGACCAUCUUGCUUCUGUAUUACUUGAUAUGUCGGGUGUUUACGCUGUUCUCGGCUCCGUAUCGUGGAGCAGAGGAAGAGGAAGAAGAAGGUGGAGUGGUUUUUCAGGAAGAUUAUGCUCACAUGGGAGGAUGGAGAAGAACUGUUAUCGUGCGCUGUGGGAGGUUUCUCUCUAGGGUUUUGCUUUUCGUUUUUGGGUUUUAUUGGAUUCACGAGACCCGUCCAGAUGAAGAUUCAGCCAGUUCUAAAACUACUUCUGCAGAGAUUGACCAGAAAGGCGAAACCUUGGAGAAGGAACCUGAACGACCUGGAGCCAUCAUUUCCAAUCACGUUUCGUACCUGGACAUUUUGUAUCAUAUGUCUGCUUCUUUCCCAAGUUUUGUUGCCAAGAGAUCAGUGGGUAGGCUUCCCCUUGUUGGCCUCAUCAGCAAAUGCCUUGGUUGCGUCUAUGUUCAGCGAGAAGCAAAAUCGCCUGAUUUCAAGGGUGUAUCUGGCACAGUAAAUGAAAGAGUUCGAGAAGCUCAUCGGAAUAAAUCUGCUCCAACUAUUAUGCUUUUUCCAGAAGGAACAACUACCAAUGGAGACUAUUUACUUACAUUCAAGACAGGUGCAUUUUUGGCUGGAACUCCUGUUCUUCCGGUUAUUUUAAAGUACCCAUACGAGCGUUUCAGUGUGGCAUGGGAUACAAUAUCCGGUGCACGCCACAUUGUUUUCCUUCUCUGCCAAUUCGUAAAUCACUUGGAGGUGAUACGGUUACCUGUAUACUACCCGUCACAAGAAGAGAAAGAUGAUCCCAAACUCUAUGCUAGCAAUGUACGGAGAUUAAUGGCCACCGAGGGUAACUUGAUUCUAUCGGAUUUGGGACUUGGAGACAAAAGGAUAUAUCACGCGACCCUCAAUGGUAAUCUUAGUCAACUCCGUGUUUUCCAUCAGAAAGAAGAAUGAAAUUUUACUGGCCUGACAAUGUCUGUAAUGUAGUAGUCAUUACCAAGAACAAAACCAUGACCGUCAUUGAAUAAUGGAUCUGUGAUAUUAAUAAAAAAUAAAAGUUUGAUU